AUGGCUACCAAGCCAACCAAGAAUCAGCAGAAGCGCGCGAAGAAGAAGGCCGCGAAGGAGGCUCAGAAAACAAGAGACACAUCAGAGCCGAUUUUACAAGAUGAACCACCUCAGCAGAAUGGCGACACAUCAAAGCCAGAGGCUGCAAAGCCCGCGGCACCGGCGAUCGAGCCACUCAUCGUCGACCCCGACAACCCGUUGUUCGACAUGUACAAGGACAUCAUGGGCAAGUUCGAGGAAGCAGACACAGAAGAUCCCGCCCUGAAAGAGCCAGAGAAGCCUGAGGUUUAUUUCUCAGACGAUGACGAUAUACCAGACGAGGAAGAUGAAGCGGCACAAAAGGUCUCGAAGAAGAAGCGGAAACAAAUGACGAAGAUGUCGGUAGCUGAGCUCAAAGCUUCAGUCAAGCGGCCCGAGGUGAUCGAGUUCUACGACACAGACGCGCCGGACCCGAAACUGCUGGUGCAUAUUAAAUCGUAUAAGAACGUGGUGCCUGUGCCGAAUCACUGGUCUCUGAAGCGGGAAUACUUGUCUUCGAAACGUGGCAUCGAGAAGCCGCCGUUCUCGUUGCCGAAGUUCAUUCAAGAAACAGGGAUCGCAGAGAUGCGAGAUGCUGUGCUCGAGAAACAGAACGAGGCGUCACUCAAGCAGAAGCAACGAGAAAGAGUGCAGCCGAAGAUGGGCAAGCUGGACAUCGACUACCAAAAGCUCUACGAGGCAUUCUUCAGACACCAGACCAAACCUGAAUUGACGAGGUACGGUGAGGUCUACUACGAGGGCAAGGAGUUCGAGACCAAUUUGAAGCAUCUCCGCCCUGGCGAGAUCUCGGACGAGCUCAAGGACGCGCUCAACAUGCCUGCUGGUGCUCCACCGCCGUGGCUGAUUAACAUGCAGCGAUAUGGUCCACCACCAUCAUAUCCUUCUCUACGAGUACCCGGAGUCAACGCACCGCCGCCGCCAGGAGCAAGCUGGGGUUUCGGGCCUGGGCAGUGGGGCAAGCCGCCUGUUGAUGAGUCGACUAAUCGGCCUCUCUAUGGCGGUGACAUCUUUGGUGUUUUGCAGCAGCAGACAACUACGCAACAAGGCGAGCCGAUCGAGAAGGAUCUUUGGGGUGAGCUGCAAGAACAAGAAGAAUCCGAAGAAGAGGAAGAAGACGAUGAAGAUGAAGAGGAGGACGAGGACGAUGAGGGAGGUAUGCAGACAUCUGCGGGUCUGGAAACACCCAGCGGCAUGUCCUCAGCUAUGCCGUCUGAGAUUGGAGGAACAGAGACAGUUUCUGAAUUUGACCUGAGAAAGAGAAGAGGGACAGAAACCGAAGAAAGCUCACAUCCACGGUCGGCUUACCAGGUCAUUCCGGAGCGGCAGACGAAGGUUGAGGGCUUCCUUGGUGGUGAUCGAGCCUAUGAUCUGAAAGGAACGGCAAACAACGUGCCCGUUCUGGGUCAAGAUGAUGGUCGGAAACGGAAGAGACAAGGUGAUGUUGAUGUGGCAAUUGAUCCGGAGAACAUGGGCAGAGAAGAUCUACAGAGAGCGUAUGAGCAACAGAGGAGGGCUGAGCAGAAUCCGCAAUGGAACGUCGGGGAGUUUCAAGAAGAUCUUAGCGACAUGAUUGCCGCGGAGAGCAGGAAGAGGCAGAAGCAAGAUCAAGAGCGGAAGGGGAAGAAGUGA